CUAUGUCGAUGGCAUUACACUCGUUUAUCUUUUUGAGUUGAGGCGAACAGACUAAAAAUUAAAAAUGUCUAUCUAAUUUUCCAUGCUGCCUGGUGUUAAAAUAAUGGCUGAUGGAAAACAGGAUGACCCUAAUGCUGUUCGGACCAAGAAAAUAGAAGUGGGAUACCGCCAAACACUAAGACGGAAAAAAGAAUACACAAACAAAUACAUUGAUGGAUUGCUUUGGAGUCAGAAUUUACUAACAGAUGAUGUUGGAACUCAUUGUGAGGCAACUGACGGGACUGUGAACAUCAGCAAUGACUUGCCUCCAUCACAAACAAGUGUUACACCAGCAUUGAGGAUAGAGUUGAUUGGUGAUGAAAAUGUACUCGCAGCUGAAGUUGUCAACAGCGAAACUACAUCAAGCAAGAGUGUCAACACCGAUGAACACUUACAUCUUCCUCUAGCAAGUGUUGGGACAACAUCAAUGAGCAAUGAGUUUAAUGGCCAUCCCAAUUUUCUUGAAGGUGACAGUCAGGCUUCAGGUGCUUCAGGUUAUACCACAGAUUACCAACAUUUCAUGAACGAUGAAAAUCUUGACUGGGAGGAACCUUUGGAGGAAGAUGAUUCUUACCACAAAUCUGUUAGUGAAUCAUCCAUCCCAGAUGACUACGUCAAUGAUUGGCUGGUCAAUUUAAAUGAUGAGAACAUUGAUGUUUCUCAUGAAGAAGCUGUGGGACGGAGUCUUGCUGAAUGGGUACUGGAUUGCAACAUACCAAGAGCUCAUGUCUCGAACCUAUUGAAGCGUUUAAACAGACAAGCUGGUCUGGCGUAUCUUCCCUUGGACUCGAGAACACUGCUCAAGUCACUGAGAUCCAGAAUUCAAUGCAGAGUUGUUGAGCCUGGUUCCUUCUUAAAUUUUGGCAUAGCUUCGACUCUUGCUGUUGUUUUGGCUCUUUUGAACUCAAAGGACAUUCCAAAUGUUUUGCAAUUUAUAUGGAAUAUCGAUGGGCUCCCUUUGGUUAAAAGUAGUGGAAACAGUUUUUGGCCCAUUGUGGGGAAGUUAUACAACGUAGAAUAUGCCAAACUAAUUGUAGUUGGAGUAUUUUGUGGCAUCAAGAAACCAAACUGCAUCAACGAUUUUUUACUAGAAUUUGUGACUGAACUGUCCGAUCUACAAAAAAAUAGUUUUGAGUUUCGUGGUAGACUAUUAAAGAUUGAAACUAUUGCCAUGUUGUUUGAGGCCUCAGCACGCAGUUUUGCUACAAGUGUCGUCCCUCAUAAUAGCUAUAAUUGUUGCCACAAAUGCACCACCAAAGGAGAUUGGGUUAGAAACACAGGCAAACACGGUGGGCGGGUAACGUAUCCCGAUCUUAAUGCUCCUGCAAGAACAGAUGCCCUUUUUCGGCAGAGACCAGUGGCAUAUUUGAAUCAUUUUGAUAAAAAAAAAAAAAGAUCAAUAGUAGAAAAAGUGUUAAAAGAUAUGGUAAAAAAUAUCCCGUUAGAUUAUAUGCAUUUGGUCUGUUUGGGGGUCCAAAAAAAGUCUAUGAGUGAAUGGGUUCGUGGAAAGUAUGAUCGUGUCCAUCUACGUCCUGAGCUGGUGAAAAAGGUAUCCCAAUACCUGGUUGCCAUAAAGGGAUAUAUUCCUUCUGAAUUUCCGCGAAAGACACGAACACUAGACGAUUUUCCUCACAUGAAAACCACGGAACAUCGUUUGCAUCUCCUGUACAUAGACCCUGUGGCAUUUAUGGGAAUCCUCCCUCCCCGAGUCUACAAACAUUUUCUCUUAUUACACGUAGCAAUCAAGCUUUUAGUACACCCAGUUAAAUGCAUUCUUUUUACCGAGUAUGCAAGAGGACUUUUACGUGCAUAUGUCCGAAAGUCUAAAAAGAUUUUUAAGAAAGUGUUUAUCACUUACAAUGUUCACAACCUUAUCCACCUACCUGAUGAUGUCCUUCUUUAUGGAAAUCUUGACAGGUUUAGCGCCUUUCCUUCUGAAAACAAACUCCAAACCAUGAAGCAUCUACUGAGACACAGCGCAAAGCCGUUGGAACAAUUAGUUCGACGCUUACACGAAAUAGAAAUGAAUGUUCAUUUCAGCCCUGACCAGCCCCAUAAAAGCUCAUUAUCGUUGUCGAAUCCCCAUCGGAAAGGACCACUACCAACUAAUUUUAAUCAUUUAAAAACGAGCCAAUUUUCUAUGUUUUCAUGGGGGAAAUGGAGUGCGACUACAAAAUUUCCUAAUAAUUGCGCAAUUCUAUGCGAUCAUACUGUAAUUCUAAUCCGCAAUAUUAUUCGGGAUCAUAUUGGAGAUGUACAGUCAUACUUGGAAGUUUCUUUAGCAGGCUAAUCGGUCUAUAUCCUUCUAUUUCUUUUUGAUGGAGGGGAUACUUUGGUGCCUACCGUACCCCUUUAUGCUAUUCCUAUUUCUCUUUCUUCGCAACCCGCG